AUGCAUCAACAAGUUGUCCGCAGCAGUGUCGUCGUACGUUCAAAUCCGACCCCUACGGCAACGACCAUAGACGCCAACCACACACUCCCAACAGACCUCGGCCCUGAAGUAGACGGCCAGGCACAGCACACUCUUUGGAAUCCCCGUCCUCGACGUCAGGCCACCCCAUUGACGCAUUUGUUCAAGGGGAGACAUCGUCAUCACCAUCAAGACCUACGGUCCUCGGGCAGUGCUAGGUCCACCAGAAAGAACUUCAUUCACAGGUUCAUAGACACAAGGAGGAUGCCCACCAAGCCAUCGCAAUCCCGCCCUCUGCGAUACCCAAUUGCUCAGCCUGUCACGAACCACCCACUGGGCCAGUCCACCACAAACCCGACCCCUGAGUUGGAGUUUGAGCUUCCCUCGACGUCCCAAUACAUACCCUGGGGACAGUUGGAUUGGAAUCGACUCUCUGACAAGCAAAGGGUCCACACGGUCGAAAGAGCAGCAGCAGCCAGAAUCUACCUAGAGAACUACUUCGAGGAGGCCUUGAGUAGUCGUCCCACACCACGUGAACAACGUAUAGCCGAACACCAACGUAACAUGGAUCUAUACGGGGGUCACCUCGGCCCGAGUGAAAGGGAGUAUUACUGGAGGCUCUUCUUUGCAAUGGAGACCAAUUUCCUCCGUGAACAACGAAACGCCAAGACCUACAGCUGCAGAAUUGCUCGAGGAUCAGACCUGGAAAACCUCGAGACUCUGCAAAUUCUCGGGAAAGGCAGCUUCGGGGUUGUCAAGCUUGUAUGGGACCGAUGCCGACGCCAGGUCUAUGCUAUGAAGGUCAUUCGAAAGUCUGACAUGAUUCGAAGCUGCCAAGAAGGGCACUUGCGAGCGGAGAGAGACUUUUUGGCGGCCUCUGAGAAUUCGGAAUGGGUUGUGCCCCUGAUAUCCAGUUUCCAAGAUCCAGUCAAUCUCUACCUUCUCAUGGAUUACAUGCCGGGGGGUGACUUUCUUGGUCUUUUGAUUCGCGAAAACAUCUUGACCGAGUCGAGGACUCGAUUCUACAUUGCUGAGAUGAUACUUUGCGUUGAAGAGGCCCACAGACUUGGAUGCAUUCACCGAGAUGUCAAACCAGACAACUUCCUCAUCGGUGCCGAUGGCCACCUGAAAAUCUCGGAUUUUGGGCUGGCUUUUGACGACCAUUGGUCCCAUGACACCUCUUACUACAAAUGGCAGCGACAGUCAAUUCUGGCCCUAACGGGUGUUACGCUAGACGGUGAUGGCGAAGAUCGAAAAGCCGCCCGUGAUGGUGGACAGUCGAGGCGACAAUCAUCUCGGGAAGGGUCAUCAAAACACUAUCCACCAUCAGAAUUGCUCCAAACCAAGUUUGAUGGACUUGAAAGCCCGUUCAAUGAAUAUCGGAAAAGCUUGGUCUUUCCUGUUGACGGACCUCCAGUCUCCAGAGUGUGCCGGCAGUUGAUCAAGGACCUGCUUCGGGACAAGGACGGCCGCCUCUCUUCACCUGAGUAUCGCAACCAAGAUGCUCGACGGAGCUGGGAAAAGCUUCAAGGAUACAAGAGGGUACCAAGUCAAUACGUUUUCAAUAACGACGCAUCCGAGAUCAAGGCUCACCCGUGGUUUCGGGGCGUUCCUUGGGAAGCAAUACGCUCCAGUCGACCGGAGUGGAUACCGCACAUCCAAAGCCACGCCGACUCUCACUAUUUCGAAGAAGACGAGCCGAUCAGCGACUGGUCUGAUUCAAUGGAUUCUGAAAUAGUGGAGCGGCCGGAGAACCUGGACGAUCUCCGUCUCAGGUUUGUACAGCAUGGCUUUGAAAGCGAUGUGAAGGGUCUAACCACUGAGUUUGUCUCCAAACCCUACGAUUCAUCCAAAUUGAAACGAUUUGAUCGCGAUAUUGACGAUCAUGCCUUUUUGGAAGAUGCCGAAAAGGCCUUUCUCAAAUGGUACGUCAGAAGAGUCGGGCGAAAAGAACACAAGCGCCCAAGAGACAAAUUGCUCCGGGACCGUUGGGUAAAGGAGGAAGUUCUUCAGAUGAGAAAGCAAACAGCCUUUCUGGGUUAUUCAUGGCGACGCAAAGACAUGGUCAGUCGUAGGCCUGUUGGAACAGUCUACCCUAUGAAUUCUUGA